CUUAUUUGGGUUGUGAAAUGUAAACGAGAAGCCGCUUCAUUCCGAAAGGGGAAAACCGAGCAACUCUUUCUUCCCCAUCCAUCACCCAGAGAAACCCUAAAAAUUAAAUCUGGGGUUAGGGUUUCUCUAUCUAUAUUUGUCUCAGUUCUCUCCUUUUUCCCUCGAAAUUGAAAUCCAAGUUUAGCUUUUUCUGAAAAUUUCCAGAUCUGGUCAGUUUUUCCUUUUAACAAAAUUUGAACUAUGUCUCUAAAAUCAUCCUCCGGUUAUGGCACUAUCCCUACCACCACCACCACCACCACACAACCCCCACCAAAAACUGCCACCUCCGUUACGUUUAUCUCGCGCGGCACCACUGCAACACGAACUGUAAUGGCCACUCGACGUCCAUGGGCGGAACUUCUCAACCGUUCGUCGUUCUCUCGCCCAUAUAGCUAUGGGGAAGUCGUCUCCCGGAUCAAGUACAACGUCAACUACUUUCGAGUAAAUUACGCCAUGGUAUUCCUGUUCAUUCUGUUUCUUAGCCUCCUUUGGCACCCCAUUUCCAUGAUUGUCUUCAUUAUAAUUUUCGUCGCUUGGUUUUUCCUCUACUUCUCUCGGGAGGGUCCGGUUGUGUUGUUUAACAGAACUUUUGAUGAUAGAGUUGUGUCGCCUAUUCUUGGAUUGGUUACUGUUGUGGCGUUGGCGUUUACCCAUGUCGGAUUGAAUGUGUUGGUGGCUUUGAUUGUUGGGGUUGUGGUUGUUGGUGUUCAUGCUGCGUUUAGAAAAACUGAGGAUUUGUUUCUUGACGAGGAGAGCGCGGCUGAAGGUGGGUUGCUUUCGGUUGUUGGGAGUCAGCCUUUGAGGCCCACAAGUUAUACUCGGAUUUGAGUGUUUUUAGGUGUUGCUUUGGUGAUCUGGAGUUUGUUUGUAAUGGGUUUUGGCCUUUUCUUUUUGGUUUGGUGUUUAAAUGCUGCUCUGUUGGACAUUUAACUUGAGGUUUUACAUGCAAAAUGAUGAGAAAAUUGGUUGCUAACAGUUGGAUUGGUGCUUUCUUAUGGGCCUUUCGGUUUUUCGUUGAUUGUUAUGUUGUGUUGAUGAGGAUGAAUUGGAAAUGCAAUGCUGCAAAGCUACAAGAAUGCAUUUUGAAGAUCGAGUUGGGGUUAUGUCGGUAGCAUCUGAAAAGGAGUCCCUGCAUUGCAUGGAUUGCUGAUAUCAUUCAGAACAAGAAAGCAAAGGUAGGCUUGGACUGAGGGCCAACUGUGUCUGUGGCGGUGCUAGUCUAGUGAAAGUAUGGGACCCAAGAAGAGAGUAGUAGUCCGUUUGCGAUGGUGUUGAUGCUUUCUGGCCUUGUAAGUCAUUACCCUCCUGGGAGGAUCUGGGGGUUACUUUUCAUUGUACUUUAUCGUUAUGAAUUCGGAAACUUCAUGUUUGUGGCCAUAGAAAAAAGUGUCAACUUUUACGCCUUGGCUUGUCUGGAAAUUUUUCAUACAGUGGAGAGCGGCAUCCUGGAGUAGAGAUCAACUUUCCAUCCAUUUGGUGUUAUUCAAUGGCUUUGGUAUUGCUGUAUCCUUGACUGAUCGAUCCCAUUUUGCUUUUACCGACAAAUUUGUGCCUGCUGCUCUGUUAUUGGUGGUUUUGGGCAUGUAUUCGUAGUCUUUUAAGCAUAAACUUGCACAUCAAGGUGCAGAAGAUUUGGCAUCAUUAGGUUGAUAUUUCAGUUGCAGGCUAGCAGUGUAGGAUGCAUCAUUGUCAGUUGUGAACAACAGUAAAAUAAAUGGUGUAAAAUACAUUUAAUUGUGCGCACUCUGAAUUGUUGAAAGCUUUAACCUAAUAUACAAGGUUAAAUGUUGAAGUUUUGACAUCAAUUCGGUUGGGCAAGUUGCCACACUGUCUUUCACGGAAUGGUAUUAAGCUACUCUUUUGUCUUUCAUCAUGGAAUGGUGUUCAGCUGUCUUGUAAUGCACAUUCUUUAUUCUCCAGUAAUUUAAAGAUUAUUUUCUCAACA